CGAGGACAAAAACAAUCGGCAUCCCUCUCAUACAGUACAACAUAAACAGGAGGACACAAGACGAUUUACUGGUAUUAAAUACCUUUUCUCACCGACACGGACACCACCGAGGGAGACAUGGUUUCCCCGGUAACAGUGGUCAAGAGCGAAGGCCCCAAGCUGGUGCCAUUCUUCAAGGCGACCUGUGUGUACUUUGUCCUGUGGCUGCCCACCUCGAGCCCAUCCUGGUUCAGUGCACUGAUCAAAUGUCUACCCAUCUUCUGCCUCUGGGUGUUUCUGCUGGCACAUGGCUUCAGCUUCCUAGGUGCUCACUCCAACGCCCGCAAGAUCCUGGCCGGCCUCAUCUUCUCUGCUCUGGGUGACGCCUUUCUCAUCUGGCAGGAGCAGGGCUACUUCGUCCACGGUCUUCUGAUGUUUGCCAUCACCCACAUCCUCUACUCAUCUGCCUUUGGGAUGAAGCCCGUUAACGUGUCUGCUGGCCUGGCGAUCACUGCUGUGUCCUCUGUGAGCUACAUGCUGCUGUACCCCUACCUGUCGGGCCCCUUCACCUACCUGGUGGCCGUCUACAUCGGCCUGAUCGGCUUCAUGGCCUGGAGGGCCGUCGCCGGCCUGCAGCUGACCAACGACCUGUGGACCUGGACCAAGCUGUGCGCCUGUCUGGGCGCCAUACUCUUCAUGGUCUCCGACCUCACCAUCGCCGUCAACAAGUUCUGCUUCCCCGUGCCCCACUCGCGCGCCAUCAUCAUGGCUACUUACUACGCCGCCCAGAUGCUGAUAGCGCUGUCGGCCGUCGAGUGCCAGGACGCGGCUGACAGCGCCCGGAAGAGAUUGUGAGGCACCGCCACGUCCGCAGUGAACGACCGCGAGGCUGGGAAGGCGGCAGCCGCCCCCGCCACUCCGGCCCUGAGUGAUCAUGGACACAUCUCACUGCCAGAUCCCCAGCCCUCAACCCUCAUCUCAGCGUGGCGCUCCCACACCGUUGUAACCAUGACGACUGGUUCACUACAGUCUCCUCAUGGCUAUCACCCUACUGCCCCACUAGUAUGGUAGUCUCACACCUGUCUUCUUACCACGAUGGUAGUAUUAUCUCCAGCCCCUCCCGACAACAGUCCUACCUGCCCCCUCCGAGCCUAGACUGACUGUCUCUCAAACCUAGUUACCAUGGAGACAAGCGUAGUAAUAUUAACCUGCUAUAUAUAGAGAGUAUUACUUUUAACUGUUAUGUUUUAAUUUAAGGGGAGCAUGUCACUGGGGACCUUCCAAGGAGUGUGUGUGUGUGGGAGAGCGAUUGUGUGUGUGUGUGUGCAUUCAUGUGUGUUUGAUUAACACUCUUUACCUCGCAGUCCCGUCGCACACAGUCACCACACUGACUCCCACCACACAACUUCAUUAAGCGGUCCAAUAACACAGUUAAACGUCUUAUUUUUCUCUUUUUGUUUCGUUGCCUGAGACCUUGUUAAAAAAGGGAUUUUUCUUGCCCGUGUUUGGCUUUUCGCUCUCUGUUCCUCCGUUAAAUUAAGGGUGCUAUUCUUAAAGUCAGGAGCACAUCCACACCUGCUCUAUUAUCCGCAGUCCCUUCCAUUUCAAUUACAAACAACCACACACUGCCUUUGUUCACUCCACUAUUUACCAUCCUCAACAAAUCCACAUCCAGUCUCUCCGGUUUAGUGAAAUAGGACGUCCUUAUAAUAACUAGACGUACAGAUGUACAGAGAACAUACUGUAUGACAGAGACGCAGAUAAGGCAACGAGGUGGAAAGGCAAGGAGGGAAAGUUGCGUGACAGCAACAGCUGCUGCGUAUUGUAGUUUUAGUGAUUGACAGGUGGCGGUUGUUUGUGGGAGCUUCCUGCUGAGAUGUUAUUGACAUCGUACUGCUGUCACAAAGAGAACACAGUACACAUCCUAACAUGCUGUACGCGUCUCUCAGGCGUUUUAAAAGUGUUUUGCCUGCAAAUGUAGGUGCAAAUGUUGACAUGCUCACACACCUGACACCUACGACCCCCGCCGGUUUAGUUAUUAGGAAAAAUCUGUAGGGGUUUCUUAUUGCUGGACUAGAUCAGCCGACCCAUGCUGUCAUUGGCCUGGGACCAUGUUAUGAAGACUGAAUAGAAGGGCUAUGUAUGUUACAAGCUGGAGUCUCUCUGUGUGUGUCUGGGCCUCUUAAGGCAUUCACUCACUCACAACGACACGCACACUAGGGCUGACCCGAAGUCUUCGAAGCUUCGACCGUUUGCCAUGGUAUUCGACCUCCAAAUCACUAUUCGAAUGCUUCGUUUUAAAUGUAUUUAUUUAUUUUAUAUAAAAGUGUGUAAUAAUAAUUUUUAAAUCCCAAAAUAGCACAUGAAAUAAGGAAUAAUCCCACAACAUUAUUAAUUAUUAGUAUCGCUGUAUAUCACUGUUUGUUGUGUGUAAAGGUGCAUGUUUGUACAGUAGUCCAGUACAGUAGCACUGUCGACGGGCACUGAUGGAGACUUGUCAGCGUCCCGUGCCACGCUUCUACGCAAAUACCUUAGAAUAUUUCUUACCGAAGCUUCGAAGUCCAAAAAAUGGUAUUCGGGGCAGCUCUAACGCACACAAACAUGCACAUAAACAUACACAUUGCCCCGGGGACAGCCUGACUGAUGAAGAAAACAAAGGGAGAUGAUGGAACUGGCUUGUCAUGUGAGGGAACAGUUAUCCCAUUAUUCCCAAUAAUUCCCCCUCACAGGACAUUUCAUCAGCUCUAAUCCUGCACAAUCCACCGCGGCUAAUCCGCGUCAGGUCGGCUGAUAUUUUGUCUUUCAUCUAUCCAACAUUUCCCCCUCUCACCUUUUCGUUUGUUUCACGGUUUAUCCUAGGAUGAAAUGUCUUACUGCAAUACUGAAGAAGUAUACUGUCUACAUGCAUGUUUUGAGUGUGUGUGCAUGUGUGAGAGUGUGUGUAUUGUCCUCGUCUUGGCUGUUGAGUGAACGUACCUGCGACAAGUCAGAACCAACAGAAAUGCUGUGAACCAUCAUUAGCUUAUGUGGAGUAGAAACACUAGUUUAAUGUGUUCUCACAAGGCUCUUAAAUUGUCUUCAUACCCUUCACCUCUUGGGAUUUGUUACCUCUGGAUGUGUUUGAUCCCCCCGAAUGUGUUGUCAGCUAAAGAUGAUAGUAUUUAAUUGGGCACAGUGUAUUCAAACGGGUGUAUAUCUAUUCUUUAGGUUUAAUUUGACCUUAAGAAUAAGCAUUUAUAUACGCUUAUUACCUAGUAUACAUCACUGGCAUUCUGAUUAAUACCACUAACAGUUAGUAUACUGGAAGGAAAACUAAUUAGAUCACAAAGAAAAACAAAAGUAUUAAUCACUAACAAAAAAUAGCAAAGGGAUAGCUUUUGUUAUUUACCAUGCACCUUAACGUGAUAUAUAUAAACAAACAGUCAUGGAAAAGAAACAUACCCGUGUUAUGGGUUCGUUCUGCUGGGUCAAUGACCCCUGGUUGCUGUCGCUAACACACCCACAUACGCACAAAAGAACCCGCACACAUCAAAACAUGUUUAUGUAUCCCAUCAGUCACCAUGAAAGAUCUGCAGGCAGAGCAUGGUGUUGACACUCGUCAAGGUUUCCUAAACAGCAGCACACAGUCUUAGUUUGACCGAGAAAGACACUCGGGCCCGAGCCCCGUCUAUUUCGAAUAGUUCCUCAAUCUCCUUUUGGCCUGUCAGCGCACACGUCAGCACCAUAUUUCUGCUAAGUCAGACAGAAGCGUAGACGAAGUCUAUGGUCAGACGUGUUUCGUCAGUCCGUCUGUGCGACUACUCUUCUUCGGUUCCGUGUUAUAAUUUGUCCUCCCGGCGUUUGCUGCGACGUCCCACUCUGCAGCACUCUUCCUCUUUUCAUCUCAUCCAACACGCUCUGUCAACAACUAAUAUUGUGCGUAAAGACAUCCACAGAGGCUUAAUAGCAGACAUGCAUCCGUCUGCUUUGUGCCGUCUUAAAUCAAGGUUUAGUGGAGUACAAGCAGAGAUGCUAGAUAACAUGAUUGACUAUCUAGUAAAACCAUGAGGGAGAUCGAGUCGCUUACUGUGUUUGCAAUUUAUGUAAGCACUACUUUCUUUGUCCUCUGCCACAGAAAGCCUCCUGACUUUUGCUCCUAAUGGCUGCAUGCCAGAAGACAGGCUUUUACUUUGAAGUAUUUCUGUGAUUAUUUUUGUCGCACACUUUGGAGAAAAGUCUCCAUGACUUUGGAAGGUGAAGUUGCUUUUCUGAGAGUGAUGGAUGAGUGUAAAGCAAGAACUCAAAUUCCAUAUUGAGUCAGUAAGUUGCCACUUCUUAUCUGGAGGAUUUAGUUUUAAUACUCACACUGUUUUCUCCUCCAUCGUUUCUAUUUUUAUUUGACUUUGGUCACAGAUAGCCAAAGCUGGAAGUAUAAUAGAACUCGUUUCAUUGAGUGGAACUUGUUAACUUUAGAGCCCUCUCAUGUAUCAAACACCCUUUUGUUUCGCAGGAGGCCGAGGUCCCCCCCUCGUUGGUGCAUUUGCAACCUCCACUUAGGAGGCAGGUUAUUGUUGAGCGAUACUGUAGCUGUAAAUUAGGCGAGGAGGUGAAAUACGACACACAGGGGAAGACUCCUUUUCCAUCCGGCUCGCGUUAAGCUGCCAUCCUGUCCCCCCUCACAGAUGGCAGGCCAGCAGGCGCAUCACUUUACCUCGGCCUGUCAACAGCCCUGUUGUUCUGAGCUUUGUGCGUGCAGACAAAAGGGAUCUGAGAGAGCUGCUGUGGGAGGCCACCAGUAUGGUUGGACCUGCGCUGUUGAGUAACGAGCAGGAACCAGUAGCUGUUGUAGUAGAGAGGGCCCCGUGGUUUCACUCAGCCCUCUCAAUAAGUUGGCACUUUUCUUUAAAAGUUCUCUCUCUCUCUCUUUUUUCUUUUUGCUGUCGUUUCUUGUGAUGUUUGAUUUUUAAGCCUUUGCUGUUAAUGUGCUGUGCCCAUUAUCACGCAGCGGUUUGACAUUCAAAAGCUGUAAAGUUUGUGUAUCUUUUACUUACGCAUGACAAGUAGGUUGAGAUGAAUCCUCCGUGUCAACACUCAUCUACAGUGAUGGAAAAGUGCACAUACGACACACCCAGGUGUUUUUAUAAUUAUGACUGACAGUUCUCCAACAUCAGUAUGAGCCUAUGACAAGCAUGUAAAAGUAAUCUUCUUUUUUAUAAUAUUAAUAAUGAAUCUACUGUGUGCAGCACUUUUUAAGGCCAGUCAAUCUCUCUUUAAACAGCUAUAGUGUUAAAAACAAGCUGCUCUUUUUUUCCUUUUAACUCUUUGCAUCUCCAUUUUUAAGAGAACAGAAGUUGCUGUUUUGACGUUGAUGGUUUAAGCACAAGAAAGUGACGUGUGAGAGAAUCAGCGUUUUUAUUUAAAAGGCAUUAAUUGCUCUUGAAGUGUUACAAACCUGUAUGUAUAAAUCAUUUUUUUUAAAGUGUUAUCCUUUUAUUUGCUGCCCCUAAUGUUAUUUUUGCCUGUCACCGUGGAAAGAGCUGGGUUUGUUUUCCACAAAUACUGUUUUUUGAAGGCCCAUUACAAUGCAUCUUUUGACUUGAUUACGGACAAAUGUUUUCUCUUAUUUUUAUUCUAUGAUAUACUUUACCUUGUUGUCCUUGAUUUUCACUUUGUGAUUUCUUCCUUUCAUGACCGUAGAGAUGAAAUAGUUUCUUUGCUGUAGUGAAACUGCUAUGAAUGUGAAUAUCUAUUGGAAAAAAUAAAUGCAAAUACAAUGCAACUUCAACAUUA